AUGUGCGAAGACGCGGGUUUCGAGGAUAUUUCCGUCUGCCAUAACCCGGAUUACAAGGAUCUAGCCCCGCGAAUCGCGGCGAACGGCACAACGGCUAAGCUCCGGGGAAACGACGAAUAUGGGCGAGUGGAGGAGGAGGAAGAAGACGAAGAGGAGGAGGAAGGGGGGGAAGACGGGGAAGGGGCGGAAGAAGAGGAAGGGGGAGGGGGGGGAGGCGGGGACGGGGGGAAAGCGGGUCGUGCUGCUCCCAACAUGGUGUGGUCGGGGCGGGUGUUUGCGCUGCACGACGUGUAUGUGAACAACAAGGGGCAGGUGUUCAACUCCACCCACGUCUUCAACCCCAACGGCUGCUACGCCGAAGACAAGUUCCACUACGAGGCAGGCACGCGCGUGACCGCCUACAACUCGCUGGUCAACCUGCUGGUCGUUGGAGGCACGCCCGGUGCGCGCCUGCCCUUCCACGAGGUCCUGGAGCUCGUGCCGCUCUUCCUGCCGCUCUCCCACGUGCUCAACAAGCACGGCAAGCCCGCACUCGUCAUGCGCGGCAAGAAGCUGCCUCGAGUGGUGGGCAUCACCAUGAAUCGCAUGCUCUCCUUCGGGGAUGCCUCUCGCCUCCUCUUCGUGCGAACGCUCAUCCAGAAUCCUCCCCGUUUUCCCACACACACACCCUUCCCCCACUUUCUACCCCACCUUGCAGCACUGCCACUGCCAGCACCCCAGCCUCUCCCUGUCGUCCAAACUCUCACUUCUGAGCUGCCAAAAACAAACGUGCCCUCGGAAAAUGCCACGUCCCCCAUCUCACACCCCUCCCUCCCUCUCUCCCCCCCCACCCGCAGCCCACGUUUCAGCACUGCCAGCACCCCAGCCCGUCCCUGUGGACCAACUCCGCUCCUCCCACUUCCUGAAACCCCACACCCCUUCGUCUUUCCCCUGCCCCUUUCCCCGCCUCUGCAGCCCACGUUUCAGCACUGCCAGCACCCCAGCCCUUCCCUGUGGACCAAGCUCCGCUCCUCCCACUUCCUGCAACCCCACCGUCUGCCCCUCCUUAAUCCUGAUUGGUCCGAGCGCCUUCCCUCCACCUCCCCCAAGACCCUCUCUCCCCCUGCCGCCCUCCCCCCCUGGGAGACAAGUGGGGUGAAAGAGGUGAUAGUUCUCGAGCCACCAGCAACAGUCCAGGUGAAGGGAUUCGCAGGGAUAGUUGAGGGGUUGAAGGGGAAAUUUGGCGCCGAGCAUGUGAGGCUGCUAGGAAGGUUCCAAAGAGAUGAUGCCAAAGAGUUGUUUCCCCGGGCGGCGCUGCUCGUCAGCGUCACGAGCGCGUUUCUCGUCAACCUCGCAUUCCUGCCGCCCCGCGCCGCCCUGUUGGAGCUCCGCCCGCCGCCCGCUGAGGUGGACGCGGUGAUUGCUGACUCAGUCGCCAGGCUGGCAGCGGCUUGCCAGAUCCAUCACCGCGUGAUUCGAGGAAGCUUCGUGGAAGGAGCAGCAGCUGAUGAUGUGGGGAAAGGGAAAGGGGCCGAGGAGGGUACGGGGAAGGGUGCGGUGGAGUGGAGGAGCGGCGCUGUAGAGGCAGCAGCGAUGUUUCUGGCUCGAGUGGUGGGGAAAGCAUUAACAGCCGAUGAGAAAGUAGUGGAGGAGGCAGCUCUGACGGCUGCCGACCAGCGAAUGAGAGCCGCACAGCUGGCGCAGGCCUCCACCAGUAAGAAGCCGCUCAUUCCCGGCACGCAGAUCCAAUCUCCACAGUCCGCCGCCCAGUUUCGGCGCUGGCUGCGGUGCGUGAGUCAGCGGGGGCGGUGGGCGUACAACGCCACGCCGCGCAUACUCCCUUGGGAGUACCUCGGUACAAUGAACCUGUGUGAUCACCGGCACAAGGAGACCACCGGGGGACUCGUGACAAAAAAAGCCGACCAGUACAUGGUGAAGGGCGGCGCGCCGGGCGGCUGGAGCGUGCGCGAGUCGCUCAAAUACGAGUGGAGAACGCCGCUCGGGAAGUGCCCGAUCGGGCCGCUGAGGCAGCUCGAUGGGGAAAUGCUUUGCCGGAAAGUGGAGGGGAGGAAAGAGUAA